AUGGCUCUGAAUGUAGGGUCACUCACUCAAUCAGACACAGACAUAGCCAUCUGUAAGGCUGACCUCAGUGAGAAAAUAACAAAAUUAAUAUAUGCAAGUUUUGGAGACAUCAUGAAGGUUGAAACUAUUGGUGCAUCACUCCAAACAGCUCAGCAGGACAACCUGGAGUUCUCAGGUAAAUUCCUCAGUGGGCAUCAUACAAUCAUGGCACAGACUGAUGCAGGCAGAAUCAAGAGGUUAAGGUUUGCAAUCAACAGAGUGGCGGUUCAACAUGGAAUCUCUCCAGCUCUCAUUGCUGCCAUCAUCUCCAGAGAGUCUCAUGCUGGAAAUACCAUAAGGAACACUAAAGGCAGGGGAGAUAAUGACAGAACUUUUGGACUUGUGCAGGUUGAUGUCAACCCUAAAGGAGAUGGACAGACUGCACAGGGUACAUGGGACAGUGAGGAACACCUCAGCCAAGCCACUGGAAACCUUGCCAGUUUCAUUGGAAGGAUCCGUUUGAAAUUUCCUCACUGGAGCAAGGAGCAGCAGCUAAAAGGAGGGAUUACAGCCUACAAUGCAGGGGACGGAAACAUCCAUUCCUAUGAAAAUGUUGAUGCCCACACAACAGGUGGAGACUAUUCCAGAGCUCAGUGGUACAAGAGUAAUUGUAGCUUUUGCAUUUUGGGAUUUUAGUGACAAAAUGUUUUUCAAAUCCUGAAGAAACUGGC